AUGCCUUGUGAGUAGCCCUUCCCGAUCAACCCCAACGACUGACAAUUUUUGUCGUUUACAAUUUCAAGCAGCGACGAGUACAGUAGCAGCCGCGGUAGCAGGAACCUCAGCCAUAGCAGCAUACCUCAACGCAAAGUACCAUAUAGCUUCCGACCUCUCCAAAGGCGGCCUAGACAAUGCCGCGGCAGAGGCGCAAAAGUUCAUCUCACAACGGGAGUCCGAAGGCCGUCUGCUCGUCUACCAUGACCUGGAAGCAUGGGCGGAACAAGAUAUCCCAAACCACACGUUUCUGGAAUUCGAGGGCCGGUCGUGGACGUACAGGCAAUUCUACGACAAUCUGCAGAGAGUGGGGAACUGGCUCAUGAAGGAUUUGGGGAUCCAGCAGCAUGAGAUGGUCGCGAUCAGUGGGCCUAACAGUGCGGAGUAUAUGUUGCUUUGGUUUGCUCUGGAUGCCGUGGGAGGUGCGCAGAGUCACAUCAAUCAUAAUUUGACGGGGAAUGCACUGUCUCAUUCGAUUCAGGUGAGUUGAGGAAACAUCUCCCUGAGGGCCUGGAUAGCAUUACUGAUUGAUUGCAGCUGUGUGAGCCUCGCUAUGUAAUCGCCGACAAAGAAACCGCAGAACGACUCGAAUCCACGCGCGAAGAACUCACUCAAGCAGGCAUCACGAUCCUUUACUACGACGAAGCACUCUUCUCGACCUUCCGAGAUACCACGCCUGUCCCCAGAGAACGAAAUGCCACUUUCAAAUCCGGCGACACGAGAGAAUUGAUCUACACGAGCGGCACUACCGGUCUACCCAAGGUACGUUAUUUAUAUCUGUAUCACCAGCGCUCUUGCUGAAUCUUGGUGUCUCGACAGGGAGUCAUGAUGAUCGCCGGCCGCAUCCUCAACACUGCCAAUGCAAUGGCCAAAUACCUCCGUCUCAAACGCGGGGACAAAUUCUACACCUGUCUGCCACUCUACCACGGCGCUGCACAAGGGCUUUGCACCUCGCCUGUGAUCUUCUCCGGCGCAGCGAUGCGAUUAGACAAAAAGUUCUCGCAUCGGACAUUCUGGCCUUCAGUCUCCCAGAGCGGAGCAACACACCUCCAGUAUGUGGGAGAACUGUGUCGAUACCUGAUCAAUGCGCCUCCCCAUCCCCUGGAGCGGAAACAUAACCUGCAAAUGGCGUGGGGCAAUGGCAUGCGGCCGGAUGUAUGGGAGAGAUUCCGGGAGAGGUUCAACAUCCCCACGAUCAACGAGCUCUACGCUGCCACGGACGGUCUGGGAGCCACGUUCAACGAGAACCGCGGCGACUUCGGCAGGAACUGCAUUGGCGUUCGCGGCGCGAUCUGGAACUGGAAGAUGGGUGGCCAGGAAGUGCACGCGCGGAUCGAUCCGGACACGGAAGAGAUGCUGAGGGAUGCGAAGGGAUGGGUAGUGAAAUGCAACGCCAACGAGCCGGGCGAGGUGAUUCACCGACUGGAUCCCGCGACGGCGGAGCAGAGCUUCAAAGGCUACUACAAGAACGCCGGGGCCACGCAGAAGAGAUUGAUGCGGGACGUCUUCGAGCCGGGAGACUUGUGGUUCCGAAGCGGAGACGUCCACCGCACCGACGCGGACGGGAGGGUCUAUUUCGUCGACCGACUCGGGGACACGUUCCGCUGGAAGAGCGAGAACGUCUCCACGAACGAAGUGGCCGACGUCCUCGGGACGUUCGACCAGAUCGCCGAAGCGAACGUCUACGGCGUCGCCGUCCCGCACGCGGAUGGAAGGUGUGGCUGCGCCACGGUCGUGUUGCAAGAAGGCCUAUCACCGGAUCAGUUCGACUGCGACAGACUGGGCAUCUUCGUCCUCGAGCGAUUACCCAAGUACGCGGUCCCUUACUUCUUGCGGGUAGCGCCGCAGUUGUCGUAUACGGGGACGUUCAAGAUCCAGAAGGGGCAGGCGAAGCGCGAGGGCGUCGAUCUGGACUUGCUUGAGAAGUCCGGGAGUCAGGAUAAGGUGUACUGGCUGCCACCGGGGGGGACGAGCUACCGGCCGUAUGAGCGGAGCGAUUGGGAUUCUUUGAAGACUGGAAAGGUCAAGAUGUAA